AUGGACGCUUACUCCCCUCCUCGCUGGUCCACAUCAUACGCCAUGUAUUUCUUCUUUGGCUUCGCCGCAUCUACCGGCGCCUUGGCUUACUCGAUCCUCUGGUACGGAAAGGACUCGUACAAGGCCCUCCGCGACGCGCUGAAGAAUGUCCGAGACGACUACAACGAUCCAUACCUGAAGCUCAUGAGCCGUUGUAUCUACGGUGCGGAUAUGGGUCUGCCAUGGUGGGGAUUCGUCGUCAUCACGCUCGUCUCGGUCAUUUGCACUUUUCCGAACGGUAUUCUCUGGGGUGUUGCCAAUGUUCAGGUCGGCAUGGCCUUUCUCUCAGAGCUCAUGGCUGGCGCCAUGUUCCCGGGGAACCCGACGGCUGUCCUCACGUGCAUGACGCAUGGACGCCAGAUCCUGGAGCAGAAUUUGAAUCUAACUUCCGACUACAAGUUUGGGUUUUACAUGAAGAUCCCAGAGAAGGAGAUGUUCUGGGGCCAAGUCUAUGGAACUCUUCUUGGACCAUUCGUCAACUACGGUAUCAUGCGUCUUGUGACAGAUCGUAUUGGCAAGGAGACCCUCACUGGGAAGAUGGACUCGAACGCAUGGCUCGCCCUGAAGACGAAGAGCUGCUACCCUCUCUCAGUGCUCUGGGGUGUCCUGGGCCCCAAGGUGCUCUUCGAUAAAGGCUCCCCUUACAGUUGGAUCUACUACUCCUUCCUCAUCGGCCCUGCUCUGGUGACCAUCACCUAUGUCGUUCACAAGUACAAGCCCGGCUGGAGUAUCGAGACACGCUGCAACAUGGCAAUGAUUCUCUACGGCGGCACCAUCUUCCCUGUCUAUGAGACCACGAACCUCAUGACAUCUGCUCUGCUUUCUCUGGUGUUUAUGGGCUACAUCCUUCGGGUGCACCCUGUGUGGUUCCGGAAGUACAACUACCUGCUGGGGACUGGUCUCGACCGCGGAACGCAGGUCUGCGCCACCAUCAUCAUGUUCGCUAUCGAUUUGCCAGCUGAGAGCACAGAACGCUUCGACCCUGACAAGGAGUUCCCGAUCAUCACUCAUGGGCUGCCUUAUCCGGAAGCCUGCGCAAAGCACCUGGCCACGACUCUCAACAGCCUCAAGCCGUUCCUGGUGAUAUCUGAGUCGCUCAGCAAGACGACAGACGUCGUCGAGAGGCUUAAUUCGUCUCUGAACAGCGGUAAUGUCAGGGUCGUCGGGACUCAUAUCGGCAUGCGACCGCACACGUACUACUCCGAAGUCCUGCAUGUAUUGCACGAGGUGAAAGACUCGGGGGCAGACGCCAUCGUCACCGUUGGAGGCGGAAGUCUCAUCGAUGGGGCCAAGGCCGUCUCUUUUGCUCUGGCGAACGGCGUCAACAACAUUGAUGAAAUGGACCUCCUCUUCCGGACCAGCCUUGCACUCAGGUACAACAAACCCAUGCCUGAAAAUGCUCCGAAGACAGUCCAUAAUUCUGUCGUUCCUGUCGUGUCCGUCACUACGACCCUCAGCGCCGGCGAGUUCAACCCACCGGGUGGCGCAACCAACGAUGCCACGCAUCACAAGCAGAUUUUCCAGAACCCGGGAAGGGUAGGCAUAUCUGUCAUUGUUAUGGACGCUGCCCUCACACGGACAACUCCGCAGAAAGUGUGGCUUUCCACCGGUCUGAGGGCCGUGGACCACUGCGUAGAGACAAUUUGCAGCUCGAAUCCCAACCCUGAUGGUACAAGGCAUUCGCUCAGGGGACUCAAGCUGCUACUCCCAGGCCUGCUGAGGACAAAGCAGGAGCCGAACGACCUUGACGCUCGGUUGAGAUGCCAGCUGGGUGCGGCAGAGAGUAUGCGCGCGGCGAACCUCUAUGGAGUCAAAGUCGGCGGCUCGCACGGGAUCGGGCACCAGCUCGGCCCCAUGGGCGUCCCCCACGCCGAAACGACGUGCAUAUGUCUCCCCGCCGUGCAGAAGUUCAACGCAAAGAUCAACGCGCAGCAGCAGACCCUCGUGGUAGACGCCUUCUGGCACGACCCAGACGUCGCAGCCGCGCUCACCAAGCACUCGCUUGUGAGGGGGCAGGCUGACCUGGGCGACGCCCUGGACGCGGUGAUCCGUGAGCUGGGCUUCCCAAGAACCCUGCGGGAGUACGGCAUAGGGAGGGACAAACUCGAGGCCGUCGCCGAGAGCAGCCUUAAGGACCCCUGCUGCCAGUUCAACGCGAUCCCUCUGGAGAGGAAGGAGCAGGUGCUGGAGAUCCUGGAGAUGUGUUUGGGUGACCAGUGA